AUAAAUUUUUAACUCUUGCUCCUUGUGAGACAGUAGGAGCAGGUUGUCAGUGUCAGCACACAUGGCUUGUGCUGGUCAGCUCCCCUGGCUGCUGGUCAUCUUCCUCAUCAUUGCAGGACUAAAAUGCAGUUCUGAACAGUAUGGGGGCAGUAAGCAAAAGAGAGACAUAUCCAAAGAUCAGCCUCGCAUGACAUCAUCGGAAGGAAACUUAAUAUUUAAAACUGGAGAUUAUAAAUACAUCAUAUUUCAGCCAGGUAACCAAGGAAGUGUAAAAAUUGGAGAAGAAAACCUGAGUCAACUUAUAGAUCAGAUAAAGAAAAACAAAGACGACAUUACAUUUAUUAAGGCAAAUGGAGGAGGAACAUCUCAGAAUGUCACAGACCAGAUCAACCAGUUGCGUACAAGGAUGACGACAUUGGAAGGAAAGGUUCAAAAUAUAGAACAGACAAUACAGAGAAAGACCUGCAGCAGCAAUCCUUGUCAGAACACUGGAACCUGCCUGAGCCUACUGGAUUCUUACCACUGCAUAUGUCCUAGCAACUGGCAGUUGCAAUUGUGUAACUGCCCUCCAGAGUGGUAUGGACCACAUUGUACUUCUCGCUAUGAUGACUGCGAAGGUGGCUCUCAGGAUCUCUGUGAACAUGGUAUCUGUAUCGACUCGGAUAGAGUCAUCCCAAACCAGCCCAAAUACAAGUGCAUAUGUGAUGCUGGGUGGACAACCCUCCCUGGUAACCCGGCAUGUACAGCUGACAUCAAUGAGUGUAACCUUCCCAACAAACCCUGCUCCACCAACCCACACGUGGAGUGUUUCAACACAAUAGGCUCCUAUUACUGUGGUGCCUGCCCAGCAGGCUGGCAAGGGAAUGGCUACAGUUGUCAAGAUGUUAAUGAGUGUACAACCAACAAUGGCGGCUGUUCCACCUCCCCAAUGGUGCAGUGUUUGAAUACCAUGGGCUCUUACCAUUGUGGACCCUGUCCUCCAGGCUAUGAAGGAGAUGGAAAGACCUGUACACAGGCUAAUGUCUGCUCUGUAAACAAUGGAGGGUGUCACCCACUGGCAACCUGCAUCUCCAGUUCAGGAAGCCUCCUCCCUAUCUGCACCUGUCCUCCUGGCUAUGCUGGGAAUGGUUAUGGGCCGGCUGGCUGCACUCCUAUCAGUAACAUUUGCCAAAGUCACAGUCCCUGUGUAAAUGGACAGUGCAUGAGUACCACAACUGGCUACAUUUGCACAUGUGACCCAGGCUGGUCAGGGGUGAACUGCACAGAAAACAUCAAUGAGUGUGUGAGCAAUCCGUGUCAGAAUGGAGGCACCUGUGUUGAUGGCAUCAAUGGAUACACCUGCACCUGCACUGAUCACUGGAUGGGCCUGCAGUGCCAAACACCACAGCAAGUGUGUGGGGGAUACCUCACAGCAGUGGCUGGGACAUUCAGCUAUCCCAAUUUUCCUGGAAAUGAUCAGUAUGAUCAUCAAGUCAGCUGUGCCUGGGUGGUCCGUACUGAUUCGGACAAGGUUCUCCGGAUAACUUUCCCACAUUUUGAUUUGGAAAACAGCGCCAACUGCAACUAUGACUUCCUGCAGAUACAUGAUGGAGAGUCAGCCUCUGGCUUCAUGAUUGGCAGAUACUGUGGCACCAAUGUCCCGACUGAACUCUUCAGUUCCCACAACUCAUUGUACUUCUGGUUCCGCUCUGACCACUCGGUCAGCGCUGGGGGCUUCACUGUAGCCUGGGAGUCAAGAGAUCCUGAAUGUGGUGGAGAGAUGACGAGUACAUAUGGCUCUAUUACUUCCCCUGGGUACCCUGGAAACUAUCCACCGAACAGGGACUGCUACUGGACUGUGACAGUGAACCCUGGACUUCUCAUAACAUUUGCCUUUGGGACUCUGAGUCUGGAACAUCAUGAUAACUGCAACUUUGACUUUCUUGAGAUAAGGGAUGGCCUUCUGCCAGAAGAUCCAGUGCUUGGCAGAUUUUGCAGCAGUGUCUCUCCACCUCCACUGCAGACCACGGGACCACUUGCUUGGAUCCAUUUCCACUCAGACUUCACUGUGUCUGACCGAGGAUUCCACAUCACCUACACAACAUCACCAUCUGACCCUGGUUGUGGAGGCACAUACACUAACAGUGAGGGAGUCAUCAUUUCCCCUAACUGGCCAAACUCUUAUGCCAAUAACCGGCAAUGUAUCUAUGUCAUCCGACAGCCAGUCAAUGAGAUUGUCUUUCUCAACUUCACAAACAUGGACCUGGAAUCUCACAGUGGCUGUGCCUUCGAUUAUGUUGAGGUUCGAGAUGGGUCAUUGGAAACAGACCCACUAAUUGGCAAAUACUGCGGCUCCUCCCUGCCAGCUCCCAUUACAUCCACUUCGAAUGCUCUGUGGCUUAGAUUCAAGUCUGACGCCUCUGUGACAAGAGGUGGAUUCCGAGCGACUUAUCAAGUUGCUUGUGGAGGAACCUUUUCUGGCUCAGGCUUAAUUCGUUCUCCCUACCACCCAAACCCUUAUCCUCAUGACAAGAGAUGUGAAUGGGUCAUCACCCAGCCUACAGGCUAUGUGGUCACUCUCAACUUUCUUUCCUUCGACAUUGAGAGUGGAACGAGUUGUGGUUUUGACUAUGUGGAGGUCAGGGAUGGCGCUACAGGUAGCUCCCCUCUGCUUGGCCGAUAUUGUGGACUGCAGAUUCCCAGUCUGAUUCAGUCAACCCAGAGGUCUAUGUUCAUCUUGUUCCACACUGACUCUUCGGUCACCAACCAUGGCUUCACUGCCGAGUACAACUAUGCUGAAGCAGGUUGUGGUGGGACACUUACUGAAUCCUCAGGCACUGUUACCAGCCCUGGCCACCCAACAAAUUACCCACAUGGAGCCAACUGCACCUGGUACAUCACUGCUGCCCCAGGGCACAUCAUCCGCCUGUCCUUCACGUCCUUCAAUCUGGAGUAUCACCACGAGUGCCUCUAUGACUAUGUAGAUGUGUAUGACAAUGGCACUACUGCAACAGGAUCCCUGCUUGGAAGGUAUUGCGGGAGAUCAGUUCCUCCAUCACUCACAAGCACAGACAACCUGUUAACUAUCCUGUUCGUCUCCGAUGCAAGCCUAGCUACAGAGGGAUUUUCUGCAGGCUAUGUGACCAUCAAUGCCACUACAGACUGUGCAGAAGUGUACACAUCCCCUACGGGAACAUUGACGUCUCCCAACUACCCAAAUAAUUACCCCAUGAACAGAGAGUGUGUAUACAAGAUCAUUGUAGAGACCAACAGGCAGAUCAUGCUCAACUUUACUGACUUCAUGCUGGAAGGCCCUUAUCCCCCCUGCUCCUAUGACUAUAUUGAGAUCAGAGAUGGUGGCUAUGAAACAUCCCCUUUGAUAGGAAAGUAUUGCAGCGAGCAGCCUCCACCUAUUCUCAUCUCCCAUAGCAACAGAUUUUGGAUCAAAUUCCGCUCAGAUUCCAGUGUGACAGCAAAAGGCUUCAUGGCACAUUGGGAUGGGACACUGACAGGCUGUGGUGGCACCUUAACAACAAACAGUGGAAGUUUCUCUUCCCCAAACUACCCUCUGCCAUACCAUCCCAAUGCUGAGUGUUACUGGACACUGAAGGCCCCAGGAGGUAGUCUGAUCCAACUUCAGUUUGGAGACUUUCACUUGGAGUCCAACAGCAAUUGCAACUAUGAUUAUUUGGCGGUAUACGAUGGUAACAGUAGCGAUUCCAGGCCUCUUGCGAAGCUCUGUGGCAAUGAGCUGCCUGCACCAAUUCGCUCUAGCAGGGAGAAAAUGUACAUCAAGCUACGCACUGACAACUCUGUAUCGGCUGGUGGAUUUCUGGCAUCAUAUAAUCAAAUCUGCCAGGGUGUGGCCAUUGCCAAUCAAAGCACUGGAUUUGUCGAGAGCCCUAACUACCCCAAUACCUACCCCCAUUAUGCGCAGUGCAGCUGGACCAUUCAGGCUUCUGCAGGGAACACCAUAAACUAUACGUUCACUGCCUUCGAUAUAGAGCCACUGUGCGAUUAUGACUAUAUCAAGGUCUAUGAUGGGCCAAAUGAUCAGUACCCUCUCAUUGGCACUUUCUGCGGUGACACACCACCUCCAGCCAACACCACAUCAGGACCCAGCUUGCAUGUGGUCUUCCGAUCGGAUUCCUGGGUGGCACACAAUGGCUUCCAGAUGCUGUGGUACCAAAACGGAUGUGGGGGAGACCUCUUUGGCCCUCAAGGCUUCUUCAAUAGCCCUGGUUACCCCAACAGGUACCCUGACAAUCGUGAGUGUAUCUGGCACAUUGAAACAGCCCCUGGAAGCAGCAUCCAAAUCACCAUCUAUGAGUUUGACAUCGAGUUCCAUGCUGACUGUAACUACGAUUUGCUUGAGGUGUACGGAGGUCCUGACCUGUUGUCCCCCAGACUGGCCCGGCUAUGUACCACACGCCCUCCGGGUCAGCCUCUACAUGUCUCCACCACUGGGAACUUUGUCACUGUCCUCUUUAAAUCUGACUUGUAUGUCAGUGGCAAGGGGUUCAAUGCAAGCUGGCAGGAAGUUCAGGGAGGAUGCGGAGGUUUAUUUACAGCACCCACUGGUGAGAUUCAUUCUCCCAGAUACCCCAAUAAUUACCCUGACAACGUAGACUGCUCCUGGGUGAUCAGUGUGGAUCGACAUCAUCGAAUCAUCCUAAACUUCACUGACCUUGAUAUUGAGCAACAUGGAACUUGUGCAUAUGACUAUAUAGCUAUCUAUGAUGGCCCUAGUGCAUCAGCACCAAUACUUGGGCAUCUGUGUGGUCAACAGAGACCCUCCCCUUUGACCUCUACACAGAACACCAUCUUUCUGCGCUUCCGUUCAGACAGCAGCUACAACCACAGAGGCUUCAGGGCCCAGUUUUCUGAAACUUGUGGAGCUAUCAUCCAGAGCGAUGACCUUGGAGGAGCCAUUGCCUCACCACGGUACCCUGCAAGUUACCCGGCUAAUCAGAACUGUAGCUGGAUCAUUAAAGCGCAAGAGCCAUUCAACCAUGUCACCCUGUCUUUUACUGACUUUAAUCUGGAAAAUAAAAAUAACAACUGCUCCACUGAUGUGGUUGAGGUUCUGGAUGGGGAUAACUAUGCAGCCCCUUCAAUGGGACGCUACUGUGGAGCAGAUCUCCCUCACCCUGUGACAUCUUUCAGCAAUGCCCUAGUUGUGAACUUUGUCACAGAUGGACAAGAUUCUGAGAAGGGCUUCAGAGCUGUGUAUGCAUCUUCCACCUCUGCUUGUGGGGGGCAUCUACACAUGGAAACAGGAGCCUUCAACAGCCCCAACUAUCCUGAAGCCUAUCCACCCAAUGUGGAAUGUGUCUGGAGCAUCACUAGUUCUCCUGGAAACCGUCUGCAACUCUCUUUCAUAUCAUUUGACAUCCAGCAGAGCUCCGGGUGUAGCAGUGACUACCUGGAGAUCAGAGAGGGAAAUUCCACUGGCCAGCUGGUGGGGCGAUUCUGUGGGGGUCUCCUUCCUGCUAACUACACUUCUGUCAUUGGACAUAUUCUCUGGUUGAAAUUUGUCUCUGACUCCUCAGUUCCUGGGGCUGGCUUCAGGGCUACAUUUGCACACUUGUACGGGAAUGAGAUCUCAGGAGUUUCAGGACAGAUUGCAUCUCCCCUCUGGCCCAGGAAUUACCCUGUCGAUGCACAUUACCGGUGGACAAUCACAGUUGAUGCUGGCUUUUUCAUCCAAGUUCAUUUCUUAGACAUGGACAUUGAAGACCUUUACGAUUGCUACUUUGACAACUUGAAUAUCUUUGAUGGCCCUAAUGCCCAUUCCUACUCUCUGGGGAAAUUCUGUGGCCUUUCCCUCCCUCCCCUGGUGACCAGCUCUGGCAGUACUAUGACAGUGGAGUUCCAUUCUGACGAGAGUGUUAGUGGGAGGGGUUUUCUCAUUGAGUGGCAGGCUGUUCAGAGUUCAGGACCUUUGCCCACCAUUGCUCCAGGGACCUGUGGGGGUGCUCUGAUGACCAGUGAAUCACCCAUGUUUCUCUUCUCACCUGGCUGGCCUGAGAACUACCCGGAGAAUAUUGAGUGCACCUGGAUCAUUAGGUCUCCUGGUUCCACUGUGGAGUUCAAUCUCUUGUCUGUAGACAUUGAAGCUGACAUCACCUGCUUCUAUGACAGCCUAGUCAUCAGAGAUGGUGAGACAAAUCUUUCCCCAUUGUUAGCCACUAUCUGUGGCAGGGAAUUGCCAGGACCUGUUCAUUCCUCUGGAGACACUAUGUUCCUGCGUUUUACCUCUGAUGGCAGCUACAGUGGUGCAGGGUUCAAUGCAUCCUUUCACAAAGGCUGUGGAGGUCUUUUCCAUGCAGAUAGAGGUGUCAUUAGCUCUCCAAGAUACCCAGAGAACUAUUCCCCCAACCUUGACUGCACCUGGCAUGUUGUGGUCACCAGUGGGCUUACUAUUUCAUUGGAAUUUGAAUCUCAGUUCCAUGUACAAGGGCUAAAUACACAGUGCACCACAGGAGACUACUUGGAGCUGAGGAAUGGGCCUGAUGGCUCAUCUCCACCCCUGGGUCCCAGUGGAGGGAACGGACAUUACUGUGGGACCAGCUCCCCCUCCUCCCUACAUACAACAGACAACACUCUCUUUGUCCAUUUUGUCUCUGAUGGCUCCAGUGAGGCACUUGGAUUCAAAUUCACCUUUGAGGCAAGGGGCCUAGUAUGUGGUGGAGGCAUUGAACUGAGUGAUUCAGAUCCCCCUGGAUACGUAAUGUCCCCCAACUAUCCCAGCAACUACCCCCAGAACGUGGACUGCAUUUGGGUCAUCACUGUCCCCAGUGGGAGAGUCAUUCAGCUAGACUUUGAAGAUGAAUUUUACAUUGAGUCAUCUGCAAGCUGCUUGUAUGAUUACCUGGAGCUACGUGAUGGAGCAACUUCCAGCGCUGACCUGAUUGCCAGACUCUGUGGUAUUCAGCUCCCAUCUACACAGCACUCCACUGGCUCUGUUAUGUACCUGCGCUUCCGGACUGACAGUAGUGUCACACACAAAGGAUUCAAAGCCAAGUACUCCAUAGCUACAUGUGGUGGCAGAUAUGUUGGACAGAGUGGAAUAAUAAAAAGCCCUGGAUUCCCUGACUCCAGUUAUCCAGAUGGGUCAUAUUGUGAGUGGUAUUUGCAGGGGCCCACUGGGCACUACCUGACCCUCACCUACAUUGCUAUGGACCUACAGACCUCUACUGAUUGCAGUGCUGACCACGUGGAGAUCAGAGAGAAUAAUGCUACAGGGCAUCUCCUUGGCAGACACUGUGGAAGUGCCCUGCCUUCACCGGUGGUCACAGCAGACAGCUAUGCCUAUGUGAAAUUUGUCAGUGAUGGGAGUGAAAACGCUCUGGGGUUCAGCCUGAGAUUUGAUGCCAGUGUGGAAGAGUGUGGAGGUGAUCUGAAUGCACCAUUGGGGACCAUCACUUCUCCAAAUUACCCCAACCUGUACCCUCACAGCAGAGUGUGUGAGUGGAGGAUCACUGUGCCCCAAGGCAGGCGAGUGACGCUCACCUUUAAUGACCUGCAUCUGGAGGAUCACAACACCUGCCUCUAUGAUUAUGUUGCUGUAUACAAUGGCCUCUUAUCUAGUGCACCUACCUUGGCCAGGUACUGUGGUACUGUGAGCACAGGAACUCUGGUGAAGUCAUCAGGGAACACCAUGGCUGUUGUUUUUGUCACUGAUGCAUCGGUGUCAAAUGGCGGAUUCAGUGCUGACUACUCCUCUAAUGAGCCAGCAGUUUGUGGUGGGAUUUUAAAUGCUCCGGGUGGGGGAAACUUCACUUCCCCAGGGUAUGAUGGUGUGAGCAACUAUACAGACAACCUCAGUUGUGAGUGGCUCAUCCAGAACCCAACUCACAUCAACUCUUCCAUUCACAUCAGCUUUGAUGACUUCCAUCUGGAGCACCACCAGACUUGCGAGUGGGACUACAUAGAGUUCCGUCUUGGUGAUUCGAAUGGUGAACUGGUGACAAGGUAUUGUGGUCAGUCUGUUCCUAACAUGCCACUAGUUGUGUUUGCCCCUCAGCUCUGGGUUCACUUCUUCACAGACCCAUAUGUUGAAGACAUAGGUUUCAAGGCACGAUACAGUUUCUCAGGUUGCGGUGGUUUACAGAGUGGUGAAAGUGGUGUGGUGUCAAGCCCCAACUACCCCAACCCAUAUGAUAACUUGAGCCGCUGUGCCUGGCUGCUUGAAGCCCCUGAGGGCCAUCGUAUCACAAUCACCUUCAACUACUUUGAUGUAGAGCAGCACCCACAGUGCUCAUGGGACUCAGUAACGAUAAUGAAUGGGGGUUCUCCAGGGUCACCUGUAAUUGGACAUUACUGUGGAACCAGUUCACCUGGAACUGUCCAAUCAGGUUCCAACAACCUGGUCAUUGUAUUCAUAGCAGACCACACUGUAUCAAGAGGUGGCUUCUACGCCACAUGGACUGCAGAUUCCUCAGGCUGUGGCGGUAUCAUCCAUGCUGAUAGUGGUAAUAUCAAGUCACCGGGGCACCCGCAGAACUUCCCAGCCAACAGCGAGUGCGUGUGGAGGAUCAUUGCUCAUGAAGGAAACCACCUGGAGAUGAACUUCAGCAGUGAUUUUGAGAUCCCUGACAGUGGCGGACAGUGUCAAAGCAGCUAUGUGAAGGUUUGGGCAGGAGGAGCAGAUCAAGAAAACAGCCUGCUAGCCACAGGCUGUGGAACCACUGCCCCAGGAUUGGUCGUUGCCCCAUUUAAUGUGAUAACAGCCAGGUUCCAGUCCCAGGAGACCAUAGGCAAAGGCUUCUCUGCCUUCUUCACCACUCGCUGUGGAGCAAACUUCACUGCUCCAGAAGGUCGUAUUGUAUCUCCCAAUUACCCAGAGCACUACCCUCAUGACUCAAACUGCAACUAUCUCAUCAAUGCUGGGCAGCAGAAAGUUGUCAUUCUGCACUUUCAGACUUUCCAAGUGGAAGCCCAGUCAACAUGUGCCUAUGACGGCCUAAAGAUCUACAGUGGAACCUUCCCCACAGCCCCUCUGCUGACAACUCUGUGUGGUUCUGAGAUACCAGGUCCUUUCACUACAUUUGGCCCAAUGCUGUUGAAUUUCUACUCUGACAACAGUAUUAAUGAUAAUGGCUUCCUGGCUCAAUAUGAAGUGGUCUCCUGUGGUGGUGUCUUCAACAACAGUGCCGGUACAGUCAGUAGUCCAACUCUCUCUAUUACAAAUUACCACAACAAUAUGAACUGUACCUACCACAUCAUUGUGAGCCAGGACCGGGUAGUGGAGCUAAAAUUCAACACUUUCCAUCUGGAAGCCUCAUCCAACUGCAGAUAUGACUAUGUGGCAGUCUAUAAUGGGAAUGACUCCAAUGCUUCUUUGCUGGGAAGGUUUUGUGGCAGGGAACUCCCCCUUACUCUCAGGUCUUCCUUCAACCAUCUUUUUAUAAUGUUCAUAACUGACUUCUCUAUUGGGGCUGGAGGCUGGAGAGCAACCUACAGAGAGACCUUAGGACCACAGCAGGGCUGUGGGGGAUACCUCACCAGUCUCACUGGCAUGUUUGGCUCCCCUGAUAUUAACUAUGAUGGCAAGUAUGAGGCUGGACUGGACUGCCUUUGGAACAUUGUAGUGCCUCCCAACAAGGUGGUCAACUUGACUUUCACUUCCUUCCACCUGGAAUCGCCAUCGGGAACCUCCUGCAGAUAUGACUACGUGAAGAUCUAUGAUGGAGACAAUGUUAACAGCCCAUUGGUGGGGACCUUCUGUGGGGCCCUUGUGCCCGCUUCUUUCACCUCAACAAACAACUUCCUCACCAUCAGAUUCAUCACAGAUGGCUCUGUUGCUUUCAGCGGCUUCAACGCCACCUUCACAGCAGUAGACUUGCUUUGCGGUGGACUUCUCAAUGCCACUACUUCCCCCCAGACCAUCACAUUCCCCCAGCACCCCAACAACUACCCCGACUUCACCAACUGCCGUUGGACACUGGAUUCUCCCACACAGGAGCAUGUCAGGCUCUCGGUACAGCACUUCCAUUUGCAGUCCACUCAGAACUGUGCCCAGAACUACCUGGAGUUCAAAGACUGGCCAGGGGGAGACUAUGGUCAGUCGCACAAGUUCUGUGGGACUGAUGUUACAGUGCCUGAUUUCUACUCCUAUGGCCGCACUGUUCUUGUGAGCUUCAAAUCUGAUGAGUACAUGAAUGGAAAUGGCUUCAGUCUGACAUAUCAGAUUGCAAGCUGCAGCAGGGUGUAUGAGCAGGCCUUUGGAUACCUGAAGAGCCCUGGAUGGCCAGAUAUGUACCCUCACAAUAUUGAAUGUGAAAUUAUUCUCCAUGCUCCUGAGAACAAUUCCAUCUCCCUGUUCUUCAACAGCUUUGACCUAGAGACACAUACCUCCUGUGCCUAUGAUUUCCUGGAGAUCAAAAAUGGUAGCACUUCCAGUGCCCCAUUGCUGGGUAGAUAUUGUGGCCAGACACUUCCUAGCCCUGUCUUCCCCAUGAGCAAUCUGCUGUACCUCCACUUUAAGAGUGAUUUCUCAAAUGCUCGAAAUGGUUUUGAGAUCACCUGGACUUCUACACCAACUGGUUGUGGUGGUGUACUAUAUGGGGAUCAUGGCUCCUUUGCUAGUCCUAACUAUCCAGGGACCUACAAUAAUGGCACAGACUGCGAGUGGACCAUCACAGCACCAGUGGGACGAGUUGUUACUGUGACUUUCUUUUACAUCAAUAUUGAUGACCCAGGAGACUGUCAGAACAACUAUUUGAAGCUUUAUGAUGGACCAAACUCAAAUACACAACCUAUUGGACCAUAUUGUGGAGUGGAAACAAGCAUUGCUCCAUUCACAUCUUCCUUUCACCAAGUAUUCAUCCAGUUCCACUCUCAAUAUGUAACACAGCCCUCUGGGUUCAGACUGACCUGGAGAAGCUGAAGAAAGAAGUGACAAAUAUAAGUCAGUUGUAAUGUCAACCAUCUUAAAUUGCUUACUCCAAAAGAAUCCUUCAAUGACUUUCAAUGAAAUCCAUGUAUCAGUUGUUAAAUAUAUGUGAAUUUACUAAAACAUUUUUUAAAUAUUUCAAAUUAUUUUAUUGACAGUUCUGUUUAUAAAUAAAGGCUGCUUCCUUUUAUGUGAUUUUAAUGUAAUGU